UUUCAGUGAGGUCACAAAAUAUAGGACGGUGAAGGGGCAAAGGGGCGGUAUCGGUCGGACAGGUCCUGCGGGUUCCGUGUCUGGAAUAUUGUGCAGACAGUCGGACCCCAGAGCCAUGCAGAACGGGAGCAAGACAUCGGACCGCAGCUGGAACAAAAUGGCAAUCAGCGAUCCCCUUUUGAGGGAGUUGCAGACGAUCCUGAAGAAGCUGAAGGAAGAGCCCAAACCCAUCACUGACUACUGUGUGUUACUGAAGCCACUGUGUGAAACACUGGAGAGGAUACUGAGGAAAGGCCUGAAACAGCCAGGGUCGUUGUUUGGCAUCAAUAAAAGAGAUUACUGGUCAUGGAUGGAGUCAACUCCAAACUACGUGUGCAAUGACAAGUACAAUCCUUUCCUGAACCGGGCCAUAGACCUAACGAAGUCGUCUCCCAAGUUACGUACUCUGCAAGGAAGAGGCAGGUGCUUCAUCAGACUUGCCCUGGCCAAGAAAAUCGUGAGUGUCCCUGUAGAACAUCUGCUUAGAAAUGCGAGACUAACCGAGUACUGGUACGAUAGUGGGCUGUCUAUCAUUGCUAACCCGCCGCUAGGUGAAGCCCUCAUGGCCUUGUUGUUUGCCCUGACUGACAUUAACUUUGAACUUGAUAUAAAGAAUGCCAGUUUCUUGGAUGAGUCCUGGGUCAUCCCUGUGUACAAGAGACUUGAACUGGUGCCAUGUACAUCUCUAGGGAUGACUAUAAGGUAUCUGGAUAACAGAAUUUUUGUGGUGAAAGUGGAAGAGAAUGGAGUCGCUGGAGAAGACAACAAGAUUGAACCAGGAGACAUCGUGGAUGAGCUGUACCAGGAAAGUCUGUAUGGCUGUAAGCAAGGGAAAGUAAACAGCCUGCUGCGGGAGCAUCAGGGCUGGCCUGUGUACGUGUCUGUCAUCAAGUGUAGGCUUCCUGAUGGAACCAUCUACCCACCUCUGGUGAGCAGGAUAAAGAAGCUGAAGGAGGAGCUGAAGGAAUUUGAAGUGAAAAAGUUGAACAAGAAAGGCCCAGCCCCUAUGCCAGCACACGCACUGCUACCCCAGGACUAUCCAGAACAAGCGCCAGUACAUGAUCCAGAAGGAAAAGCAGAGUUUAAUGCAAAAUAUGUUGGCCAGGUUUCAACUGGGAGAUAUGGCGAUGUCGCAGAGAUAGAGGGUGCUGUGGAGAAAGCCAUAGAGCAAAACAAACAGCAACAGAUAACUGAGAACAAGGAGGUCCAUGUUGAGCUGACAGAGACAGAGGUCAUCAUCACUGACUUAAAGACAAACAAGGAACUGUCCAAACAUUCCUAUACUGAGAUAUCCUCUUGUGGCAGACGUUCCGACAUGACAAAGUACUUUGCCUUCAUUGCCGGGGACACACAGUGCAGCGUGUCCAGAAAUUUCACUGCCUUUGUGUUUGAGGCUGAAUCUGCUGAUGAGUCAAAAAUCAUCCUAUGCAGCAUAGCGCAAGGCUUUGGAAGAACAUCCUGGUUUGUGUAAUAACUGAUGCAUUCUUUUAUUGACUGGCUUAACCAUGACAUGGUGGAGAAGCACAGAUAGAUAUUAACCAGCUACUGUUGCAUAUAAAUUUAUCUCAAUUAUAGUAUUAUUGAUUAAGAGCAUGCAGUUUUUCAACAUUAGAUACAGUCACAUUGACUCACACAAAGUAUAAUUGUCUUGCAUGUGGAGUUGCCAUGACAACAGUUUGUCAUGACAGGUGGAGACAAACAAUCACAAUUUAAGAACAGUUGACUGUAUUGUUGUCACACCAAAAUACUACUAUAAAUUAACAAAUGUAGCAUGUAUGUAAGGAGCUAAGUAACAACAUUUGUUACCUGCCUAAAAGUUUAUACAGCAAUACAAGUUCUUAACUCAUUCUAACAUGGCAGUGUAAUUGUUAGGGUAUGAAAUUACAUGACUAUAGAUGGUUAACGGGUUUCUCAGGUUCCAUUGGGGUGUUAUUGCCUGGCACAAGUAUUUGUAUUUGUUGACUUCUAUGUACAUAUUGUUGUAUGGUGUUCAGGGUGAUGACAUUGCAGAUGUUAGAAUCUGAUUAAAUAUUAAUGUUGGAGCAUUGUCAGUUACUAUAUGCAAAAUAUUGCGAGCCAUAGCAAACAAUGUGAUCAAAAUAGUAUGUGAUAGGUGAAAGCAGCCCAUGAUGUCUAUUUCAGCUACGCCUUUUAUUUGUAUUGAAUUUCAAAGCAGUAUCUUAUGGAUAUCCUCUUAUGUGUAUUGGUUUUGUAGAAUGUUAAUAUUUUAUGUGGGGUUCUGUGCCCUAUUGACAUUGUUACAUUGGGGAUCAACCACGUAUGUUACUGGGGCAGAAUUUGACAUCGACAGCAAAAUUUAAUUUUUCCUUGCAGAUGAACAAUCUUUGUGGUUUGCUUAAAUCUGCAUUCUUGGAAGCUGGUACUGUCAACAAUGUGCAGCUUCUUCAAUUUGGUACACUUUUGAAGUAAUUUAUGCAAGUAUCAAUGGUUUGUCCCUUAAUCAUCCUGAGUGGUGAAAAAAAUCGAUAUCAUUAGGCUCAUGCCUGUACCAUGGGACCUGAUCUGUAACAGUUAUUGUGUUUCAGGAAUUUUCAUUAGCAGAUCUAUGCAAUCAGUUGAUAGCCUGAGCCUAUAUUAUACAGCCUUUGGGUUUACCUCAUGUAACAUGCAGACUGUACCAUGAGAUUCGGUAUCUUACAGCAAAAUUGAAGAAAAAGACCUGUAUACUUUGUGUUGCAGUAGCUUGGAAUGAAUGAUGUCAUGGUCCAUGGGUAGAUUGGAGCCAUAUAGAUGGAUUAUUGAUUUAUGUGAUUAGGUGAUUGAUUUAUGUGCAAUUGUUUUCGACCACAGGUUACAAUCAGAAAUAUAUUUAGUAAUCAACAUUAUUUAUAUCAUUCAACAAAUUUUAGCACAUUAUUGUUUCUGAUGUUGCAGUCUUUUUUAGAUAAAGUCUGUUUUAGAUAAUUGAGGUGAAGGUGGUUAACUUAAUUGACUAAUAACCUUCAUUCCCUGUAGUAAGGAUGUAGAAAAGGGUAAUUUUGAUAAUAGAUUGGAAAGUUCCAUAUUUACAGUGGACAGAUGAUUAGUGGCAUCUUUAUCUUUCACUGAUUGAAUAAUGUUCCAAUAUUUAAACAUUAGUAGAGUACUCUACAAACUGUUGAUGAUUAACUGUUAACAAUUCCACGAUUAAAUAAACCACAACAUUUGUAACACUACUACUGUGCAAUGUGUAUAUUUAUAGAUGUAGAUAAGGUCUUAACCCUUGAUCUUGAUGAUUACAAUCUUGAUGAUGAAAAACAUUUUUUAUAUUUGCAGAGUGGCUUUUUUAAUUUCUUCUUACAGAUCUUCUGUGAGAAUGUUUUUUUCUUGUAACAAAAUAAAACAAAACAUUUCUAAGACAAUGCCUUAAUGGAGGUAACAAUCAGGACAAAGACUUGUCACAUCAAAUGUUUUUUGUUUAAUGACAAUGGUGAAGCUAGUUAUUGUAUGUGUGUUGAACUUUGAGGGGGUGCAUCAAUAAACUCAAGCAUUGAUGAACAGUCAACAAUUGAAACAGAUAAAGAAAAGAGAUGUAUACAAAUAAUGUACUGUUCCCACAGUAACACAUCAACCUAUUGUUGAUAGACUGAAAAAGACAUCCAGUUGACCCAAACCUACAUUGUGUGAAUGGAAGGGGUACUUGACAAAAAGCCAUCUGUGACAUGUCAGUUGCCUGUUUGGACAAUGUGAAAAAAAUAUUGUACCCUGACUAUGUUGACACAGCCUUGCCUGUGUCCACAGCAAGUAUCAAACACUUUCCUGUACAAGUCGGUCUUACAGCAGAACCUGCCAGUUAAAGUGUGAGUAGAUACAAAAUACAGAGGGCUUCACUGGCUACUCAUCAUACCCGUUAACACAAAACUCAGCUCACGUACAGGAAUUCACAUGUUAAUAGGAUCACAUGUCUGUAGAUCUACCUUUCGCGAGUUAAAGUUCUAAAGUGAUUACUGUAAAUGCAUUUAAUUUCGCGGGGAUUUCAUUUUGCGGUAGAGGGAAAAAGGACUUUUCGCCGUGUAUUUAAGUUCGCAGUAACGCCAUAGACUGCAGUCUAAUACCAUUAUAGAAAAAAGUUCGCGGUGGUUUUAAAUUCGCGGUGAAGCCGUCACCGCGAAAACCGCGAACAUUAAUCCACCGCGAACAUUUCUGCAUUUACAGUAGUCAUCAGUAUUGAUCCUGAAGAAGGAGACAGUGGUCAUUGAAAGUUUGAUCUGUGUACUAGUAUAUCUUUGUGUUAGCAUUGUACUAUGGCUACUUGUACUGGUUUCUGAACGUAAAUAAACAAAAACACCCGGUAGAUGUCGACCUGUGGAGAAGCUGGUAAAUAGAUAACUUCAAUGGCAAAGUGUUGGCACAAGAAAAGCAACUUAGUCCAACCUCACAGACAGAAAACAUACCAGAACUGAGGUGAAUCUGUCCUAGUUUCCAGCACUGCUAUUAUUUCAUGGCAUGGAAUCAAGUUGGCACUUCCCAAUUUUCAUCUUAUUGUUGAUUUGAUUAUAUGGAUGAUAUCCUCUGGAAAGUCCAAAACUGAUGCAAAUAAAAAAAAGAGAUUUUUUUGGCCAAAAAAAGUUGCUUUCAAUGUGAAAUCUAUGUGGUCGGGAAGGUUAAACAAAUGGAUAAACACACAUGUAUGGUGUACGAAUAUCAUUUUUGCGCUUUCACAUUUUGCUCCUUGACUUUGGAAUUGACUUAAGAAAUUUAUGACAUUACUAUCCACUUCUGGUAUUUCUUUUUGCAAUCUACAGCAUAUAUUUGCUCAUUUUACAUCUGUUUUGAUUAAAAACUUUAUUUUUAGAAAUGGUCAAAAAUUUAUGGGCAGGGAAUGUCAUCCAUGUAACCAAACCAACAUGGCCUUACUGUUACAUCUCUAUAUCUCUUCAAUACAAAUACAGACUGAGUCAAUGGGGAGCUCAUUAUAUAACAAAUACUCAUCUGACCAAGUAUUUGCAGUGAGGAGUA